AUGAUUGAAACGUUGAAAAGCUACCUGGAUACUUAUGAUGACCAUGGUGACGGCUUUGUGCGAAUGGAAGACUAUGGGCCAUACCGUAGCCGCAACUCCGGAUAUUGGAUGGCAUCGUACUUCAUCUGCUGGGGGAUGGGCAUUAUCCUUAGUGAAGAGGAUCGAGAAUCCAUCCGGGAAUAUGACAUUACCAUGGGCAAUGUCUUUGGCCUAACUAAUGACUAUUUCAGUUGGAGCGUUGAGAAGGAUCAGCAAACCGAUCGUGUAAGGAAUGGCGUUAGAGUUUUGAUGAAGGAGCACAACAUUCCCGCAGAUGUUGCUAAGGUGAUGCUUCUGGGUGUGAUCAUUGAACAAGAGUCAAAGGCCGCAAAGCUCAAGGAAGAGCGACUCAGGCAACCCGUCUCGGAACAGGUGUUGCGGUAUUUCCAGGCGAUCGAAUUUUAUGUUGGUGGAAGCUGCUAUUGGCAUGCGACAGCGCCUCGGUAUCAGAUACCCGAAUAA